AUGGGAGGGGCUGAAGGCGCGGCGGAGCAGAACGAUGCCGAGUAUGGGGCUGGGCAGAACGACCAGACUAGCGAUGCGAUCUCCGUGAGUGGGCGUCCGUCCUUUUGGGCAAUCGUGUCUCCUACUGCCGAUCUUUCCGGUGUCAACCUUGUGUUCAGUAUUGCGGGCACGGACAGCGGCAAAUAUAGGAUUGAUCCGAUGACGGGCGAACUGUUCACCGCCCAAUGGAUCGACUACGAGACUGACGCCAUCGAUAUGUUCACGGUAGUCGUCUCCGAAGACUCCGUUAGCACUCUUAGUGUCAGCAAGGCAAACCCGGUUCCGGGAGUGUAUCAGGGCAAUCCGGAGCACGCGUUGGAUGAUCCUCGUCCAGAUAAUUUUGUGGAGACCGGCUGGGCGAACUGGGGCACGAUUCUACGGAUUGUGGUCAGGAGCGAAUCGCCUGACCCGGAUUGUGGGACAGGCCUGGACUGCAUUCGAUUGUAUGUUGCGGCCGAUGGCUCAGAGGAUGAGCAGGAACUGGUGGCGAUGAGGACUGGCGCGCCAGGGUACAAGUUUGUUGCUGCAGUCAAACUGGUGGAGACCGAGGCGGCGGGUGGUGAAACGCUUGAAGUAAUAGGCGCGGACGGCACAGCCAGGCAAGUGCAGGUUUUACAAUUGGGUGAGGACGACGAAGUAGAGAUUGAAUUCGACAAUCUGCGCGGCUCAGUGGAUGUGGAGAAUGGUCCGCCUGAGUUCACCUAUUUUCAGCCUGAUCACGGUUCAGCGUUUGACGACCAGGAUGUGGACUUCUCCAUCACAGUCCAGGACGCAGAAUCGGGCUUGCCUGAGCCUGAAGACCUACCGGACAGAGACGGCGACCAGGACUACACCCCUGUGGCUGCGCUGGUGCAUGACAGCCAAUGCUAUAACAGUUCUCAGGAUGAAGACGGCUUCGCAGCAGUUGAGAACUUGAGGCUGCGCGAUGGCGCGAUAUAUUGCUUUGGGCAGCCAGAGAUUCACCCGAUACGCGAUGAUAGGGAUUUUGAUGAGAUAGACAAUGGCUAUGAUGUGGAAACCACGAUAGUUCUACCGGAGGGGGAAAUUCACUAUGUGACCUUCGUAGUGUGCGACAGAUCAGGCAAUUGCAUUGCCUACGACGCUGACGAAGACUCGGACAUUGCCCUAGUGGAAUUGACGCCAGAGCAGGACGACCCGUGCCUUGCAACAAUUACAGAUGACAGCACUAUCGAGGGCAACUGGGAUGGCACUUGCCCCUCUGGACGGGAGCCUGAACCGUAUGGGGGUAGCGGCGACAGGUACGCGCGCUACUACACGUUCACGCUCAGUGCGACUUCCAAUACCACCAUUGCUCUGACGUCGAGCGACUACUACUAUAGCCAAAAGACAGGUGAGUUCACGCUGGAAGUGAGCGGCAUUAGCAAACCGCCCGAGGAUGCGGACUGCUCUUCCGGCAUUGCGGUGACCGAUCCCGAUGACAACCCGGGUCUCGUGUCGGAUUGCGAGGUGCUGCUUGCGGCGCGGGACAUUCUGGCGGGCAGCGCGGGUUUGAACUGGUCGGCGGACAUUCCGAUAGAGGAGUGGGACGGUAUAAGGAUCGUCGGGUCGCCAGAGCGGGUGGACUCGCUGACUCUCAACGACCUCGGGCUGAAUGGCGUGAUUCCUGCGGAGUUGGGCCUACUUGCUCACCUGUUUCUGCUUAGCUUAUCAGGCAACGACUUGAGUGGACCGAUACCGUCUGAAUUGGGUGACCUGGGGGAUCUUGCAAUUCUGUCUCUCAGCGGCAACAACUUGAACGGGGCAAUUCCUCACGAACUCGGUGACAUUCCGUAUCUGACUAUUCUUGACCUUUCCAGCAAUCAACUCACCGGCGAGAUACCGCCCGAGCUAGGCAAAUUGACUGAUCUUCUGGAACUACACCUAGAUCGAAAUCAGCUGGUUGAUGUCAUCCCUGACGAACUGGCCGAACUGGAAAAUCUGCAAUCGUUGUAUCUGGCAGGCAACGACCUCACGGGUUGCAUACCCGACGGGCUGAAAGAUAUUGAUGCCAGCGACUACGCCAACCUAGGAUUGCUCUUCUGCGACGGCACCCCUGUCGUGCCGCUGCCAUCAGACCCCUGCGUGGUGGAUAUGGGUGACUUUGAGUCGCGACUCGAAGUUAUCGACAAUUUCUGGGAAGAGCAGUGCGAGUCGACGAACAGGCCCGACGACGGUGAAUAUUAUGCUCGCUUCUUCACCUUCGAUCUGAGCGUUGAAGCCGACGUAACGAUCACGCUGGAAUCUAAUCCGGAUGCGUACUUGUACCUGCUGGAAGGGGAUGGACAGCGAGGAUCUGUGCUCUUCGAGGAUGACGAUACGGAGGGCACGAAUCCUCGGAUACGGACCACCUUGCAGCCGGGUAGCUACACGGUCGAAGCGACAACUUACGAAAUUGGCGUUACAACCGGCGAUUUCAGGAUCGGAGUGGAGACGGAUGAGUUGAAUGGGCGUCCGCCGAUUACUGCGUGGAACCAACCCCAAGGGUUCUUUCAGGUCAGACGUUUGGCUUAA